AUGUUGUCCUGGACUUGUCGUUUGAUGCGCCCUUUAGCAUGUGCCCGGCGGAUAUCGGCGCCAGUGGCACUCACUGUUUCCAGGCGUUGCUUCGCAGAUCUGCAGGAUGAGAAGGACAUCCAGGUUUACAAGGGAAGACAAAAGUUCACGAUCCAAUUCGUGGCCGUGAAAAGUGUUGAGAAGUGCAGACGGGAGAAAGUCAUGACCGAGGUGGACAUUCUGUCCAGUUUGCGGCAUCAGAACGUGAUUGAAUAUGUGAACUGCUACGAGACGCGGAACCACCUGUGGGUGAUUUUUGAAUACUGCGCUGGUGGUGAUCUUUUGCGUCUAUUGAAACAAGAUGGUCGACUUCCAGAAGAGCGAGUGCGAGUUUUUGGUCAUCAGAUUUGUGCUGGCUUACUGUAUGUGCAUUCGCGUGGCAUCAUUUUCUGUGACCUGAAGCCUGGAAACAUUCUCUUCAACGAAGAUGAGGUCUUGAAGCUUGGUCAUUUUGCUCAAGCCUUGCGCGUGGAAGAGGCCUUCCCAAACAGGACUGGCCAGCCCUUGCGCCGGGGCACGCCUCAGUACAUGGCCCCAGAGCUUUUCUCGGAGGCGGGCGUCCAUUCGUUUGUCUCCGACCUGUGGUCCUUGGGUUGUGUUCUUCACGAGCUCUUCUCUGGCGCGCAGCCUUUCAUAUCGCCAUCCUCACAGCAGCUACAGCGCUUGGUGGUGGACACAGCCCCUCCGAAGAUGCCAGGUGCAACACCGGAGUUUCAGGACCUUGCCCUGGGACUUCUGCAGCCAAGUGAUCGUCGGCUGACGUGGCCCUCCUUACGGCAGCAUUGCUGGUGGUGUGGCGAGCCACUUGGGGCUGACAAUGAUGCACAAGCGCUGCCCCGAGAGCCGAUGAGCGUCCAAGACUUGGUCACAGAGGUAGAGCAGGCACUGGUUGAAGGAGAGAGGCUGGACGAGGACUCGCAAGCAUAUGCCAAUCUCAGACGAGAGGCCCAGUCGCUGAGACUGGAGAAUGAUGCCCUUGGCGAAAAAGUGGCAGAGCUCGAGGAGGCUCGCAAGAAGUACAUCGCCCAAGAGGAAGAGCUCACAGCGAAACUGAAAGAAGAUGGUGGUUUCUUUGCCUUUGAGAAGGAUAUAGUGGAGAUGACUGGCAAGAUUCAGGAGGUGGACUACAAGAUUGCAGGGCUGCGGCACAAGCAUCAUCACAACAUCAAAGAUGUCGGCUCAUUGAAACGAACGAUGUCUCUUAUUGAGAAGCGGGGAAAGGUCACCACAUUGAUUGACAAGACAGAGGAGGCGCUGGACCGGGGCCAGGUGUCCCAGGCUGCUCAGCUUGAAGCUGAUUUGUCGGAGGUGGUGGAGAGACUCCGCCAAGAGUCAGCAAAGAUAUGGCCAAAGAUUAGCUCCUAUGAGGCUAACAUUGCAGAACUCAGCACAAAUAUGUCAGAGACCCAGGAGAAACUUCAAGUAGUACUACACACGCCAACCAGAGAAGCCGACAACCUUCGAACGCACUUGAAGGGGCAGAUCAAUCAGGUGAAGCGCAUGUUGGCGCAGCUGGGCCGUCUCCGGGACAUUCAACGUGUCAAUGCGCAGGAGAUUGGAAUGGUAGAGCGGGAGCGCGCCAAGUUGAACAGAUAUUGCCGUGUGCGAGAAUUGAUCGAAGGCGGUGACAAGAAGAAGUUGGAAAGCAAGAUCACAAUGCUCCAAGAAGACACCGACAGGCACUCUUGGGAGAGAUUUCUGGUGUUGAGGCUGCUGAGUCCCUGCAGAUCUUGCAUUGUUUGUGGCUCAAGUGGGCAGUUUUGCAAGCAUGAGGUACUCGGGCAUGCCCCUGCAGACAUUUAG